GAGCACAACAAUCGGCGGCGCGCAGCCCGCGGUCUCCCCAAGAGGGGCGUGUGUGCGCCCCGAGUUCUCCAUGAAUAACCGAAUUAUUCGCUUGUAGUGGUAGAGGCGUGUACACACGCUCUCUCGUACACACACUGCAGCACACACCACCCAACGUCACCGGGCCGGGGAGAAAAGAGGGAAGGAGCUGCCUGGAAGGGAAUGGCCGAGGAAACAAAUACUCUCUCCGUCCUCCCCUCCCUCGCGAACCCUUCCCUCCCCGCCAGGCUCCCGCCCCGCCCGCCUCCUCGGAAGACCUGGAGGCCGAGGCGCCUCUUUGCGGGGUGGGGCCCGGCGGAGCUGGCGGCCCCUCUGGAGCCUAGGAGGGAGCAACACGCGGGCGGGACCCGCGCGCGGGGUGCACCCGGGCCAAAGCGCUGCUGGCGUGGCCGCGGGCCGGGAGCGGUUGGUUAAUGAUUUAAUCACCCGCUUGGGGCGGCAGAGCUGCGAUGGGCCGUCUCUAGCUCCGCCCUCUCCCUGGAGCGCCCCCAGCCGGGAGUACAAAACUGCCCCCUGCCCCUGGUUCGUGCCCUGUGAGCUCCUCUGCGGGCUGGGCCGCCGCCGCUCUAUGACCUCCUCCUUACCACCCCCUCCACCCACCGGACUUCAGAUCUGACCCCAGGCCUGCCCGCUGCCUCGGGAGGGCCAGCCUCCCCUCGUCAUCGGGCAAGAUGCCGAUCCUCAAGCAACUGGUGUCCAGCUCGGUGCACUCCAAGCGCCGGUCCCGAGUGGACCUCACGGCCGAGAUGAUCAGUGCCCCACUGGGCGACUUCCGCCACACCAUGCACGUGGGCCGGGCGGGGGACGCCUUUGGGGACACCUCCUUCCUCAACAGCAAGGCUGGCGAGCUGGACGGUGAGUCCCUGGAUGAGCAGGCCUCCUCCUCAUCCUCCAAACGCAGCCUCCUGUCCCGGAAGUUCCGGGGCAGCAAGCGGUCACAGUCGGUGACCAGGGGGGACCGGGAGCAGAGGGACAUGCUGGGCUCACUGCGGGACUCGGCCCUCUUCGUCAAGAACGCCAUGUCGCUGCCCCAGCUGAACGAGAAGGAGGCCGCAGAGAAGGGCUCCAGCAAGCUCCCCAAGAGUCUGUCGUCCAGCCCCGUGAGGAAGGCGAACGCUGGGGAGGGCAGCGAGGAGGAGGCGGGCGUGGGGGAGGCGGUAGCCCGGCGGAAUGGGGCCACUGCCCCCCAUUCCCCCGACCCCCUCCUCGAUGAGCAGGCCUUCGGGGACCUGACAGAUCUGCCCGUCGUGCCCAAGGCCAGCUUUGGGCUGAAGCAUGCGGAGUCCAUCAUGUCCUUCCACAUCGACCUGGGGCCCUCCAUGCUGGGCGACGUCCUCAGCAUCAUGGACAAGGAGGAGUGGGAACCAGAGGAGGAGGACGGCGGUUACCGUGGUGACGAUGACCCAGCAGGCAGUCUCACCGAGGCUCCCCCUUCAGUGGCAGAGGCCCCUCCCCUGACAAGGCAGGAAGGCAAGGCGAGCCCGGACUUGCCCCCGCUGCCCCCCCAGGCUCUGCAUGACGAGGGGUGGGCCGCGGCAGCCCCCAGCCCAGGCUCAGCCCGCAGCGUGGGCAGCCACACCACGAGGGACAGCAGCUCCCUCUCCAGCUGCACCUCGGGCGUCCUAGAGGAGCGCAGCCCUGCCUUCCGGGGGCCAGACAGGGCCCGGGCCACUCUCCCAAGGCAGCCCGACAAGGAGUUCUCCUUCAUGGACGAGGAGGAAGAGGAUGAGAUCCGAGUGUGAGGUGGGCAGGAGGUGGCGGCUCCACACUCUUGGCUUCAUCUCCUCCCUGCCCCCAGCCCACCACCACCUUCCCCCCUCUCCCUUCCCCCUUCCCCCUUCUGGUGCAUGGGCAGCCAAGAGCCUGGCUUCAGCCACAGAUCCUGGACCUCAUGGAUGAGGGGCAUUGGCCAAGCCUGGGGGCCUGUGGAGGACUUGAGGAGCUGGCCUGGGUGCCGACUGGGUGCCUGACUUCAUUGCACACCCUGCCCUCCCCAAGCUCUGUAGGACGGGACUGUGUUCUGGAAAUAGAAGUCAGUUUUCCGUUUCCUCCACCCUGGCCUCAGAUGGAUGCCAGACGUCAACCUGACUUCCCGCCUCGUGCGGCAAUAGCAGGUCAGCUCAGUGGCAGCCUCGGUACAAUGGCUAAGGACACUUGGCUCACCUUGUCUCUCCUGGUGUUUCUGCUGUGACUGGCGGUGGUUGCCAGGGUAAAUGCAUGUGGCAGGAGGAAGGCGGUGGUCACACGUCCCAGCCCCUCCCUACUCCGUCCCUGGCUCCUGCACCGGAAGCCUGGAGCCCCUUGGAGUAAAGCUGGACUGAAUAUGUACACUAAACGCGUCCCCUUCCCGGGGAAGAGAACAGGAUGGGGAACGGAAGGAAAUCCCUGGGCUUCUUGAAUUUUCAAGAAGGGGCCCUUCCAGGACAACACUAGGAACAGGCUGCAGCACUCGCUCAGUCUCUAUGGGUUUGUUUGUUCGUUCUUGUUCUGUUUAAAUCCUUCUAGAGCAAUAUCAGGAACGUGUUAGCAGGUCUGCCACCAGAAGGAAAAUCAAAUCCUUUUAGAAAACCUUUA